CACCCCGCGUAUGUGAGGUUCGUUUCGGCUCGCGCCUCUGCUGCUGCUUAGCUUCUGCUGCCGCCAUAGCCCAUAGCCACACCACCUGGCCUGGGUUAGGGAGAGCGAGCGGAAGGAAGGGGCUGUCGUGGUUUGUCGAGGUGUUUCGUGUAGGCCUCGGGAUUUCCGUCGCCGACGUGCGGCGGAGGGCAGCGGAAACCUAGGGGACGUCCGGUCGGGGUCGAGCGAGCGGUUACUUGCCAAUGGCCGAGAUCUGCUGCCAGGAAGCCAAGUCGCCGCCGGCGACAGCCGCCACGGUGGCCACGGUCUCGGCUUCGGCUGCGGCCGCCGCGGCCGUUGCCUCGUCGGUGAUGGACAGGCGGCGCCGCAGGUUGGAGCUCAAGCGCUUCCGCCUCGCCACCGACCUCGAGCAGUCGGCCGCGGAGUACGCCGGCGCCCGCAAGCGCCCCAGGAUACCGCGGACGGUGUCUGGCCCGUGUCCCGACGCUGCCUCGGCGUCCGAGAACACGGAGCGUUGCCCCAGGUACGGCUUCUCCUCGGUGUGCGGCCGUCGUCGCGAGAUGGAGGACGCCGUCUCCAUCAGGCCGGGGUUCUUGCCCGGCCCCGGCAAGUCCCACUUCUUCGGCGUCUUCGAUGGCCACGGCUGCUCACACGUGGCGACGACGUGCCAGGAGCUGAUGCAUGAGGCGGUGGCGGAGGAGCACGACAAGGCGGAGGAGCCUGUGUGGAAAGAGGUGAUGGAGAGGAGCUUCGCGCGGCUGGACGAGCGGGCCGCGAACUGGGCGACAACCCGCAGCAGCGAGGAGCCUGCAUGCCGCUGCGAGCAGAAGAUGCCCUCGCGGUGCGACCACGUGGGAUCCACCGCCGUCGUGGCCGUCGUCAACCCCACCCAGAUCGUCGUCGCCAACGCCGGCGACUCCCGUGCCGUCCUUUCCCGCGCUGGUGUCCCCGUUGCGCUCUCCGUCGACCACAAGCCUGACCGGCCGGACGAGCUGGAGCGCAUCCAGGCGGCGGGCGGGCGCGUCAUCUACUGGGACGGUGCCCGGGUGCUCGGCGUCCUCGCCAUGUCCCGAGCCAUAGGGGAUGGCUACCUGAAGCCGUUCGUGACGGCGGAGCCGGAGGUGACGGUGACGGAGCGCAGCGACGCCGACGAUUGCCUGAUCCUGGCCAGCGACGGGCUGUGGGACGUGGUGACCAACGAGAUGGCGUGCGACGUCGCCAGGGCGUGCUUCCGGAGCAACGGCCCGCCGGGGCCGCCGCAGGCGCAGCCGGGCGGCGAGGCCAAGACUAGCGAGGGGGUGAGCAAGGCGGAGUCCGACCAGGCGUGCUCCGACGCAGCCAUGCUGCUGGCGAAGCUGGCGCUGGCGCGGGGGAGCUCCGACAACGUCAGCGUCGUGGUCGUGGAUCUGCGCCGGGGAUCGUGAUUCUUGGAGCAGAAUUGGUGCUCCAUGAUUGAUUGCUUCUCGUUGUCCUAUUUUUUUUUUUUUAAAUCCAUGCUAAUUUCUUCCUUCCGUUCCCUCGUUCGUAAAUUUAUCUUGGCUGUGUCGAUGUAGUAGUAUUAGAUCUAGUACGGGUUAGUAUAGUUUCUAAUCCUUCUACCCACCCAAAAAAAAAAAGUUGAACGGAGAAGCUCAGCUGUUGGACCGCAUCGUACGUACGUACACGGAAGAUAUUUGAGAUAUGUUGAUACGCAGAUUUUUAAAUCUAUGAAAGCUCGUCAUGUC